UAAAAAUAAAUGUAAGAUUGAAAAACAAACUAAUUGCAAUAAAUUAACUUGUCCUCCUAUCCGGUAGGUGGCGACAGUGUCAUAAUUAACGCGUGUGGCAUCAGAAGAAACCGCAUUAAACGCCUUUUCCCAUACUGUAUAAUUUAAAAGGUUUAAAGAGGAAUAAUCUACUAUGAUCAAGGGAUUGUAAGCAAUCUAGAUGCAUUCCAUCAUUCCAUAUUAAAGCUCAAACCAAUUACGUCGUAAACAUUAUGCUACAUAAAUGUGUGGUAGGUGGUUGUCCGAACCGAUCGGACACCAUUAUUCAUUAUAUGUUACCCGAGGAUCCGAAAAGACGCAGCCUGUGGUUAAAGUUUAUCGAGGACAGUAAAUGUGAUGUGGAAGACGCGACCUCUUCAUGCCGAGUGUGCGGGGAUCAUUUCUCUGAGGAGAACUACUUCAAAAUGGAUCUGGGUUACACCACAUGCAUGAUACUAAGCGUGGAUGCUGUUCCUACAGUACAAACUGUUAAUCGAUCACCUGAGCCAGAAAGGGAGAUACGGGAAGCAGAAGACGACACAUGUAAAAUCACCAUUUCUGAGGCCGUUUCACUUGCUUGUGUCAAAGAGGAGCCUCUUGAAUAUGAGCUAAGUACCAACAUGACAACUAGACAAGAGCUGAACUCCUCACUGGAUGAGAGUGUUAAAUAUGAAGAGAGUGAUCUAGCCGUUACUGAGGACGGCAUCUCGACUGUAAUUUUCGGAGUUAAAGAAAAUCGUGGCAGAAAGUUUAUCAACUGUCUAACUUGUGGCCAGAGAUUCCGUAGUAGACGCACCCUAAUGAAGCAUCGACGGGCUAGUCACCCUAAAAAUAAAACCGAAUCUGAAGUCAAAGAAAAGUUUUAUAUUUGUUCAAUUUGUGGGGAGAGGUUUCAUAAAAUGGGUCUCCUUUUGCGCCACCGAGUCAUACACACUAAGGAGAAUCCAGAAGGGAGGUUUGUGUGCCAACAGUGUGGAAAGGGCUUCCCCCAUCAAGCUUUUUUGAAAGCUCACCAGAAAGUUCACGAGGAUGCGGAGUCGACCAUGCCGUUCACAUGCCACUUAUGUCCCAGACGUUUCGGCUACAAAGUUGCUCUCGUUGCUCACAUGAAACAUCACUCAUCUAAACUCACAUGCAUCUGCCCCAUCUGUGAAAAGAGCUUUCAGUUCAGAGGUUCCCUCAUUCAGCAUCUCAAAUCAUCUCAUGCUGGAGAGAAACUCUUGUGUAAGACCUGCGAUAAGGGUUUCCUAAGAGUCAAUGGCUACGUCAAACACAUGGACAAACACAACGUGAUGACCCCGUUCUACUGCGACAUCUGCAAAAUUUACCUCUCACAGCGAGGCUACACGGCACACAUGGUCACGCACGAGCAGAAGAGCCUUCCAGAACAGCAGCCUGAUGAGUCCGUUGAGAACCAGCCAAACGAUACUGAAAUAAGUCUUGUCAGCGUGAAUAGCUCUGAGGAAGGAAUGGAUCCAGUGACUGUGAGGCAGGAAGAAGCCGAGGUGGAGCUGCUCAGUGGAGAUGAGAUGGAAGAUCUGUCUGGGAAUUCAGUGGAUCCAUCAACAGUCGAAGGUGUGGAGUCUGAAAACGUGGUUGUGGAAAAGGAACUUCCCCAAGAUAAUCAUGAAGAGAAGGAGAAGUGCGAGGAAAGCUCUGGCACACAAUGAGAUCUCAGUCUAAACAAGAAUUGUACAAUGAACUGCAUAGGGUUUUUUUAUAGUUUAGUUUAAAAAAGUUUUGUUUACCCAAGGCGAAAACACUCAUUCAUUUUUCUUUCACUAAUUAGGUUUAUGGUUAAACCUAGGGGCCUAAUUUUGUUUAAAUGUUAGUUAAGCUAGCAAUUGUAUAUUUUAGGCAGAUUUCUGUAUUUCUUUUUACGGAACAUGUAACAAUAUAUUGUACGUACAUUUGAUUAUCUUUUUAUCAUGUAGAAAAUAUAAGUCUUAGUAAUAAUGUUUAGCUGCUAAUAAUGUUUAGACAUUCUAAAGACAUAUUUACAAAGACAAAUACUUUGUAAGAUGCAUUUCUUAAAAACAGUAUUAAAAUAUCAUGUAUGAUUGUUACUAUAAGACUGAUUGUUGUGGUCAAAUUUUGAAAGAACUUCUUUUGUGUAAAGUCUUGAAGUCUUUAUGGUCAGAUUUUCUGAAUUUUAUAAAUGCACUAGUUUAAAGGUCUGGCAUUAGUAAGUUUUUUUUUUUUUUUUUUUAAUUAGAAAUGAAUACUUUUAUUAAGCAUGGGAUGCAUUAUAUUGACC